GUCAUUGCCAGACAUUUUCUCUGCAACCCAAUAUACCAUUUUCGUCCACUCUCCCUCUUCCUCUCCCCCCCUCCCCCCCCCUCUACCCCAAAUACAUAGCCCAACCUGUAGAAUCAGAUUCUGAUUGGAGACGGAUAAACUAAAUUGAAAAAGGUCAUGCUGGUUUUGAUUGGAACAAAUUUGCUUACAGGCUCUACUUCUUUGUAUGCAUAUGAUAAUAGUCGGUUGGUGAAGAGGGCUAAAUAGAGCUUGCUGGUUUUAAUUUGGAGGGACUGCUUCUUUCAUUUCUCAUUUUCAUAGUAGUCAAUGGGAAAGCCAACAGGGAAGAAGAAGAAUCAGCUAGAACAAAAGCCUGGCAAUGCAAACGGUAAGCCAAGCAAGCCCUCCGAUCGAAUCUCGACAGCCCAGGAUGAAGACACCGCAAUCUUCAUCAACAUGUCCCAAGAGCUCAAAGAAGAAGGUAACAAACUCUUCCAAAAACGCGACCACGAGGGUGCCAUGUUGAAAUAUGAAAAGGCCCUCAAACUCUUACCCAGAAAUCACAUUGACGUUGCACAUUUACGUUGCAAUAUGGCUGUUUGUUAUAUGCAAUUGGGUCUCGGUGAGUACCCUCGAGCAAUCAAUGAAUGUAAUUUAGCAUUAGAGGUGUCGCCAAGGUAUAGUAAAGCACUGUUAAAGAGAGCAAGGUGUUAUGAAGCUUUGAAUCGAUUGGAUUUGGCAUUGAGAGAUGUUAAUACUGUUUUGAGUAUGGAACCUAAUAAUAUCACCGCUCUGGAGAUUUUGGAGAGGUUGCGAAAGACGAUGAGUGAAAAAGGUAUAACUGUUGAUGAGAAAGUAAUUGGUUUGGCUAAUGUGGAUCUGCACGGUGCUGCAAAGUUGCGGAAAGUGGUGAAAGAGAAAUUAAGAAAGAAGAAGGCUAGGAAAGGUGAGUUGAAAACAGAGGAUAAGGUGGUUGUGGAGGAGAAGAUAAGUGCCGUUAAGGAUAAGGAAAUGAUUACAAAGAUGGUCGAGGAAGAGAAAAUGGCUAGUAAGACUGCUAGGAAAGAAAAAGAGGUUACAAAGUCGGUGAAGUUGGUAUUUGGGGAGGAUAUUAGGGCGGCGCAAGUACCAGUUAAUUGUAGCAUGAAGUUGGUAAGAGAUAUAGUUCAGGAUAGGUUUCCAGGACUCACGGGCGUUCUUGUGAAGUACAGGGAUCAAGAGGGAGAUUUGGUUACGAUCACUACUACUGAUGAGCUGAGGUUGGCCGAAUCAUCUGGUGAUUCACAAGGGUCUCUUAGGUUGUAUGUAGCAGAAGUUAGUCCUGAUCAGGAGCCACUCUAUGAGGGGAUGAACAAUGAGGAGAAGGUGCAUAAGGAUGAUAGAAAAUCAGGUAAUGUUGUUGAAAUUGGGGAUGUGGGGAAAGGCAAGGAAGUUGAGACAGGGUUGACUUCUAUCGAGGACUGGAUUAUUCAGUUUGCACGACUGUUCAAGAACCAUGUUGGGUUUGAUUCUGAUUCGUACUUGGAUCUUCAUGAGCUAGGUAUGAAGCUAUACUCAGAAGCUAUGGAGGAUACCGUGACAACUGAUGAUGCUCAAGAACUGUUUGAAAUUGCUGCAGAUAAGUUCCAAGAGAUGGCAGCUUUGGCAUUGUUUAAUUGGGGGAAUGUUCACUUGUCCAGGGCAAGGAAGCGAGUACUCAUUUCAGAAGAGAGUUCGAGAGAAUGUGUACUUGAGCAGAUUAAGGCUGCAUAUGAGUGGGCACAUAAAGAGUAUGUGAAGGCAGAAAAAAGGUAUGAAGAAGCUCUUCAAAUCAAACCAGACUUCUAUGAAGGCUAUCUUGCACUUGGGCAGCAGCAGUUUGAGCAGGCGAAGCUCUGCUGGUACUAUGCAGUUGGGAGGAAGAAUGAAUUAGAGACUGAACCUUCCUCAGAGGUCCUACAGCUUUAUAACAAGGCUGAGGACAGCAUGGAGAAAGGCAUGCUGAUGUGGGAAGAGAUGGAAGAGCAGCGUCUAAAUGGACUCUCCAAAUCGGAAAAAUAUAAAGAAACUCUGGAGAAAAUGGGGUUGAAUGGGCUAUUUAAAGAUAUUUCUGCUGACGAAGCUGCAGAGCAGGCUGCAAACAUGACGUCACAGAUAUAUCUCUUAUGGGGUACCUUGCUUUAUGAGCGUUCAAUUGUGGAAUAUAAGCUAGUGCUACCAACUUGGGAAGAAUGUUUAGAGGUUGCGGUUGAGAAGUUCGAACUUGCAGGAGCAUCUCCCACAGAUAUAGCUGUUAUGAUAAAGAAUCAUUGUUCCAAUAAUACUGCAUUGGAAGGUCUUGGGUUCAAAAUUGAUGAGAUAAUACAAGCCUGGAAUGAGAUGUAUGAUGCCAAGAGGUGGCAAUUUGGUGUUCCAUCUUUUCGACUUGAACCAUUGUUUCGUAGGCGGGUUCCAAAGCUUCAUUCAGUCUUGGAGCAUGCUUGAUUUUUUUUUUCCUGUUGAUGCGCUGCAUAUUUUUUAGGGGCACUGAACAAAUGCUUCAGCUUCCUCUAGUUCAUUGCUCAAAAAGCUAUGUUUUGUGGAUUAACAUAGGUUUUGCAUGGAUUAUUGUGUUUAGCUCGUUGUUUGCUAUGGGAGCAAAAGACGACCUGUGUCUGUAUGUUGGUUUUGAGGAGAGCGUCAGUUGUUAGGCCAUGAAGCCGAUCAUGUCAUUCAUUUUUUGGGAAUUCUAUUUUUUCUUCCCCGGAGCAAUUUCAGUUGUUCACUGUUUGAGAUAGCGGGUAUAUGAUUGAAUUUGUUUGGUUGAAACAAUAAAUAGGGGUAACACUGUUACCCAAUAAGGUUUGCGUUAUUGUAAGUUGUGUACUGUAUUUGUUUGUUUGCUCACUUUUGAGUUGAAAGAAUUUGUGGGUUUUAAAUAUAUAGCAGAAUGAUACCAUCUUUCUUUAUCUUUA